AUGGCGACGACCACGAUGCUGCCCCUGUGGGCGCAGGCCGCCGAGCUGGAGCGCCAGUUCGAAGGCUACAAGCGCCGGCUCGCCGAGCGGCGGGACGCCGCCGCUGUCGCGACCCUGCGCCAGGGCUGGCUCGCGCGCAUGGAGCGCAAGGAGGCCGAGAUGAAGGCGCUCUGGGCGCGCCUCGACGCCGGCCGCCACCGCCCGGGCGACGUCGGGCUCGCCGCCACCGCCAGCCCCGCCAGAGAGCAAAAGCCCCGCAGCAUGGAGAAGCCAGCCUCCCCUGCCACGCCAAAAUGCAUCCCUGACAUGAAGCUUCCACGUCUCAGGACCGCUACGGCGUGCCCGUCACCGACGGCGGCCAGCCCGAGGCUACCCUCCAGCCGGCGAGCGUCGCACCCGGAGCCACCCACCACUCCCCGGAAGGAGAACAGGAUUCCACCGCCGUCCACCGCCGCGACGCCGAGGCCGCUCAAGACGCUCUCGCGGACCAGGAGCUCGCUCAAGGACAGCAGCAAGGAGGAGCGCGGCAGCGUCUCCUCCUCGUCCUCCUCCUCCGUAAGGGGGGAGAGCCCGCGGCCGCCGCGUUUCCAGCCCCCGCGGGCCAGCUACGACGGCGGCGCGGGGGGUGCGAAGGUGAAGCAGGCCGCGGCUCCGGCGCAGGGCUCCGCGGAUGCCGCCGUCGCCGCGGCGCGGAGCCGGUUCCACGAGCAGGUCGUCCUCGCCGAGAUCAAGACGGCCGCCGCCGUUUCUCCCGGGCCGCUCCGCAUCAGGAGAUCGGGCAACGGCGUCGCGCGCGCCUCGUCGCCGUCGGUGGCUCUUGGGCACGGUCAGGUCGAUUUCUUGACCAGACUUGGAAACAGCGACUGCAACGAUGUUCAAGUGUCCGAACACUCAGACGCCGGAGCGAAGAACUCCAGCAACAAGGCGGACGGGAAUGGCGACGGCGAGGUCACACGAUCUGGUGAUAAGCUUGGCGACGCGGGGAUCACUGGCGACUCCGACACCGAGCCGAGCUACGUGUACGUGAAGAGAGAGCACGAAGAGGUUGGGGACAAGGAAGCUGCUGAAGUCUUCGAGGACACCAUGGCAUCAACGCCAUCAUCGGAGACCAUGUCAUCAUCGCCGUCAUCAGAGACCACGGCAGCAGCAUCUAACGAGACUGGCACGAGCGUCAAGGAGAGCUCCGGGUCGCUGUACUCGAACGUGCAGUCGUCCUUCUCCCACGGAUCAGAGCUCGAUGCCUCGGCCGCCGGCUCUCCGCUCCGCACCCCGCCGCCUUCCGGCGGAGCUCUGUCCACCGAGGAGCUACUGGAGGCCGACGCGGCGAUGCUGAGGAUGAAACGGGAGGAGGAGGAUGAGGUGGAGGAGGCUGAGCAUCAGAACAUAGUGUUCCUGCCGAGCACCUGUUGCGCCGCGAGGAGCGUCGACGUCCCCGUCGCCGGGACGCCGCAGUCGCCGAUGGACGCCGUGGCAGGGCUCAAGAGGUUCCUGACCUUCGGAAAGAAGAACGUCAACGGUGCGGACGGCUCCGCCGUCGUCAUCGAGCGCGCGCCGCCUCCGGCAGCUGACUCCGACGAUCUGGACAGCAGCUAUGCCGCCUCCCCCCACGUGCGAUCCUUGCAGAGCUUCGUGCCGCUGUCUCCUGCAAGGUCUCAGCUGAAGGAGAUGGCUCUGCCUGCAAAAUCUCCAAGAGUACCUCGAUCGUUCUUCUCGUUCUCAUCGUUCAAAAACAGAGGGACCUGAUGCCGGGAAUUACUGGCAAAGCUGUUGCUCGUGCAUUCUACUAUUUAUUUUUAGGUUUUCAUAUUAUUUAUUCCUCUGGACAUCUUGAUUUUCUCGUGAAUGACUUUGUGAGUAAACAAUAUCAAUAUGUAAUACUACCCCUAUUUGUAAAUACAUGCAAUGAGUUUGUGAAUUAACAAUAUUACAGACGAA